AUGGCUCUCAUAGUGGAUAAACAUCGUCCUCGGUCUCUGGAUCAACUUACUUAUCAUGAUGAUUUAUCGGAUCGUUUGAGAGCUCUUGCACAAUCGGGCGAUUUUCCCCAUCUCCUUCUCUACGGACCUUCUGGGGCCGGCAAAAAAACCCGCAUCGUAUGUACUCUCAAAGAACUCUACGGCGGCUCCGUCGAAAAAAUCAAAAUCGAUUCCCGCGUUUUCCAACUCUCAUCUUCGUCUCGAAAACUCGAAUUUAAUAUCGUUUCCUCUUUGUAUCAUUUAGAAAUUACGCCGUCAGAUGUAGGAAACUAUGAUCGAGUGGUGAUUUCGGAGUUGUUGAAGGAAGUGGCGCAGACACAGCAGGUGGAUCAGAGUGCGAAACAGAGGUUUAAGGUUGUGGUUAUUAAUGAGGCGGAUGGGUUGAGUAGGGAUGCGCAGGCUGCGUUGAGGAGGACUAUGGAGAAGUAUAGUGGGAAUGUUAGGUUGAUUCUUGUGGCUAAUAGUACGUCCGGGAUUAUUGGCCCGAUUAGGAGUAGGACUUUGUUGGUUAGGGUGGGAGCGCCGACAGAGGGGGAUAUUGUGAAGGUGCUUGAGAAGAGUGGGAAGAGGGAGGGGUGGGGGGUUAGUAGGGGGUUUUUGGAGAGAGUGGCAAAGGAGAGUGGUAGGAAUUUGAGGAGGGCGCUUUUAAUGUAUGAGGCAGCGCAUGCGCAGAAUGAAACAAUAAACGACACCACACCCAUUCCACCUCCCGACUGGGAAGCACUCCUCUCAACCAUCGCACACAGCAUGACCAUUGAACACACACCGGCACAAAUCCUCAAAAUCCGCGCGCAACUCUACGAUCUCCUCACCCACUGUAUCCCCGCCACCACCAUUCUCAAAACCCUAACGUGGAAACUCAUGCCAUUAGUCGAUGACGCAUUGAAAAGCGAUAUCGUCAAAUGGGCUGCGUUUUAUGAACAUAGAUGUAAGACGGGUACGAAGGUGAUAUUUCAUCUAGAAGCUUUUGUGGCGAAGUUUAUGAGGGUUAGUGAGGAGUGGUUGAUGGCUAUGGAGGUUGAGUAG